AUGGUGGAACUCAACUACCAGGGGGUAUUUAAUCGAAAUCCUUUCUCUUACACUGGUGGUGUGAAAACCAUGUUCACUGAUAUCGACUUUUCUUCUAUGACUUAUUCCGAGUUUGUGACCUUCUGCGAAUAUUUCAUGCAUGAAGAGUGUAAAAAGUUAUACUACUGUGAACCAGGCAAUUCCCUGAUGGAAGGUCUUAAUCCCAUUUCAGAUGAUGUAGAAUAUGCUACUUUUAUUUUUGAUGCUUAUGGAACAGAUGGUGUAAUUUCGGUUUAUGUGGAUCAUAUUGGGGUUGUUGUUGAUGGGUGGUUUGAUGAUGAAGAUAAUGAUGAUGAUGAACGUGAGUCUUGUAUUGAUGAUGAAAAUGAAGAUAACAUAGAUAAAUUUAGCAAUGUUGCCUUUGAAUUUAAUGAGGAUGUAGUGCAUAUGAAUAGGACAUCAAAUGAUCCUUUCUUGAGUAAGUUAUGUGUUGAUGAGGAGGAGGAUAACAAAAUUGUAGAUGAUGAUAAUGGGAGAGAAUUUGAACCUAAAAUCCAAACUCAUUCCAUAUUUAAUGAUCUAUUACACUGGGAAAAACAAAAACCAAUUCUAGGAAUGAGAUUUAAGGGUCCAGGGAAAGUAAAAUCAAUGUUGUGA